UCGCCGCCAGUCGAGUGUUGGCCGCGGUACCAACCGGACGUCGUCUUCGUUUUUUCUCCCCCUCUAACUCUGUCGUGUUGACCGCGCGCGUGCUGCUCUAUUUUUGAUUCCGUAUCGCGGUUGCGAGCUUCCUGGUGGUCAACUGGCAAGUGACCCGGAACAGGCGGUUUCGUCUAGACGGCUUGUGAUCAGUGUGGAUUACUGCGUGGAGAAAGGUGGAAAUCGGGAGCAGUCUUCUCUUCAGAGCAAAACUUUCUAAAGCACUCGUAAAACGUGGCAUUUCGGAAGACGCAAAGGAAAACCUGUCCAUCAACAAUGAGUUCGCGAGCCAAGGACGUACCGUUGUAAUAGGAUUACACUCCUGUUCCGUGCAGAGCUUAGCGGAGAACCUGUUCGCAGUAUCGGAACCUCGUGGACACUAAAAUUAUCUCGCCAGGUGGAGUGGUGGAGAUCGUCGGCUGAAUCGGGCGGAGGUCGUCCCCGUGCACAUGAUCGCAGCAUCAGUACCGAGCGCGAGCCACCAUGAGUCAGUACUACUUUCCGAUCGUUCUGGUGUUCCUGAUGGAACUGCUCAGACUUGUUCACUCUCACCCCUUCGUGUUCAGCUCAUCCGGGCCGCAGCAGCGGCGAGCCCAGGUUGAGUGGCAACAGCCGGAGGACAACUGGAACAUCCAGACGGUGCCGCGGAGUGUGCAUCCGCUGCUGGAGAAUCAACACAACGAUCACCAGCUGCCGCCGACCAGUUACCAGAUGAUCGACUCCAACAACCACGACGAGAAGCUGCUGAAGCGGUUGAUGGAGAUCAAGAACAACGCUACCGGACGGACGUUGUUCGGGUACAACAAGGAGGAGUCCCAUCUACCACCGCUGUUAACAAAAACGAUCAAGUACUUCAACCUGCAGCAGGUUGCGUUCGAGUUGGAGACCAGCGUCAUGUCCCAGGUGUCUUGUACGGCAUGCAAAGCCGGAGCAGGUCUCCUCCAACACUACAUCAAAUCCGGCAAAAGCAAAGAGGAGAUCAUCAAGACCAUCUACCAGUACUGUGUGAACCUCAAGAUCCAAUCGCCUCGGGUCUGCGAAGGAGUCAGUCAGCUGUUUGGCGUUGAGGUCAUCUACGUACUCAAGCGGGUGACCAUAGGUCCCGAUGAGAUCUGCAGCUUCAUCAUCGGCGACGCUUGUGGUGACAUCUACAAUCCGUACCACGAAUGGGAAGUGGACUUCCCACCGGUCGCAAAACCCGAAGUCCGUGAACUUCCACUCCCCAAAGAAGCCGCUCCAGUGUUCAAGGUCCUGCACCUGUCCGAUACCCACUACGACCCGUACUACGCCGAGGGUUCCAACGCGGACUGUAACGAACCCCUCUGCUGUCGACUCACCAACGGACGUCCAACAACCCCGAACGGCGCCGCCGGCAAGUGGGGAGACUACCGUCACUGCGACACCCCCCAGCGAACCGUCGAUCACAUGCUGAACCACAUCGCGGAAACCCACUCCGACAUCGACUUUAUCAUCUGGACCGGUGACCUCCCGCCGCACGACGUGUGGAACCAAACCAAGGAGGAGAACCUGAACGUCCUGAAGGCCACCGUCAAGCAGAUGUCGGAAAAGUUCCCCGGAAUCCCGAUCUUCCCGGCGCUCGGUAACCACGAGUCCGCACCCGUCAACAGCUUCCCUCCGCCGUACGUCCAACAGGUCGACUCGUCGAUCUCUUGGCUGUACGACGAACUGGACGUCCAGUGGCGACGGUGGCUGCCCGCGAGCGUGUCCCACACCGUCCGCCGAGGUGCCUUCUACUCCGUGCUAGUCCGACCCGGCUACCGGAUCAUCUCGAUGAACAUGAACUACUGCAACAACAAGAACUGGUGGCUGCUGUUGAACUCCACCGACCCGGCUACCGAGCUUCAGUGGUUCAUCUACGAGCUGCAGAGUGCGGAGUUUGCGAACGAAAAGGUCCACGUCAUAGGGCACAUUCCUCCGGGUCAUUCGGACUGCUUGAAGGUCUGGAGUCGGAACUACUACAAGAUCGUGUCGCGGUACGAGAGCAUAAUCGUGGCGCAGUUCUUUGGCCAUACGCACUUUGACGAGUUUGAGGUGUUUUACGAUCCGCACGAUUUGAGUCGAGCUACCAGCAUCGCGUACAUUGGACCCUCCGUAACGCCGUACUACGAUCUGAACCCGGGCUAUCGGAUCUACUACGUCGACGGUGACCACGAGGAUACGACCAGGCUGGUGGUCGACCACGAGUCGUGGAUCAUGAACCUGAAGGAGGCCAACCUGUACGACUACCCGAUCUGGUACAAGCUGUACUCGACGCGGGCCGCGUACGCGAUGCGGGGUCUCCGUCCCGUCGACUGGGACGGGCUCGUCAACAACAUGACCGACAACAAGGAGCUGUUCGAUCUGUACUACAAACACUACUGGAAGAACUCGCCGGUGCGGCCGGACUGCGACUACGAGUGCCGCAAGCGGAUACUGUGCGACGCCAAGAGCGGCCGCAGCCACGACCGCAAGUACUUCUGCGAGGACGUCGAGGCCAAGAUUGACGAGAACAACAAGGGCUGGAAGGAGUGGAUCUUCAGCUCGAUCUCCUCCUCGAUUUCGUACGCCCUGUCCGGCAUAACCAGAAUGUUCUGGCGCAAGCGAUGACCCAGCGAUGAAUAGCACCAUCAUCCCCUCCCUCAUCAGAGAGUCCCGAAUGAUCAAGAAGACGCGCCAGCAUUACCUCCAACGAUUGAUAUUAACCACGUGCUCGUUCUGCGGAGAACCACGUGCUCGUGAGGGCGCACGUGGUCUACAUCUAGGCGCCGACCGCAGUUUGGUUGAAAGUGAAUGUGAAUGCCAUUGAUAUAAUGAAGAAAAUAAAACAAACAGUGUGUUCAUUGAGUCGACAAUAGAGAUGUGGAAUAAUAGUAAAUCAAAUUCUUACUGAAAACGGCAAGAAUCGAACGAGAAGUGAAUCCGCGUGUGCAGAGCAAAUCCCUCAACGUACUAGAACUUUUUAAAUAAAAGCAGUGUUUAAACCAGUCAACUACAACAAUCAAUGCAUCAACAAGUAUAAUAUUGUAAAUAUGUCAUCUAAAUUAUACCAAAAUAAAUUAUUUCUAUUGUA